UUUCUUCUAGAGGCUUGCCAGAGAGGACUGUUCAGACUGUAAAGAAAGAGGUGAAAUGAACAAAAGAAAACAAAACUACAAAUUACAUACAGACAAAAUGAGCCUCGCAUCAAACAAAAAUGUUCCUGUCGAACGUUAUAUUUCUACGAAUGUUAAGUCUACAAAUGGUACUGGAGCUGCAGGAAUUUCUAAUGGAAAUGAAAUUGAUGAUGUUCCAUGGUACAUGAAUGUUAAUGGAAUGGUUGGAGAUUCACCGGAUUUACCUCCAUCAACAGACUACAAAUAUGAUCAUCAUGGAUCUCUUAAAUACAAGCAGGCCCUAAAGACUCUGAUUCCCUUCCGUCUUAAACAAAAGAAUCCAGCUCCAAACCCAGUAGAUGAAGCUGGAUUUUUCUCAUUUGCAACAUUUUCAUGGCUUAAUUCACUGAUGCUCAAAGGGUACAAGGAUGAACUGAAUUUUGAGACCUUCCCUCCACUGUCUCAAUAUGAUGCUUCUGAAAUAAAUGCAAAAAGAUUUCAGCGACUUUGGGAUGAAGAAGUAUCACGAGUGGGUCCAGAAAAGGCUUCUUUGAAUAGAGUAUGUCUACAGUUUCAGAAAACACGGGUUAUAUUAGGUACACUGGCUAUGAUCAUGUCUACACUGUGUUCUUUUAUUGGACCAAGUAUCUUAACCCACAAUAUCCUGAAGUAUAUUGAAAGUGCUUCAAAUGAUACCGUGCAUGGUGUAGGACUCUCUAUAGCACUUUUUAUCACUGAAGCAUCAAAGUCGUUCUUCUUUGCCUUAGCCUGGGCUAUUAACUAUCGCACAGCUACAAGACUGAAAGCGGCAAUUUCCACAGUGGCAUUUGAAAAAUUAGUGAGCAUGAAAACUUUAACUCAUAUCACUGUUGGAGAGGUUAUGAACUUACUUUCUAAUGAUGGGCAUCGUCUGUUCGAAGCUGCAAUAUUUUGCCCAAUUGCACUGGGCGCACCGGUGCUAUUACUUGUCUGUACAAUAUAUUCGUGUGUAAUUCUUGGUCCUACUGCAAUUAUUGGAGUGGCUAUAUAUUUUUUGUUUUUACCUGUACAGAUGGCUAUGGCUAGGCUUACUUCAACGUUUCGAAGAAUUGCUAUUGCUGUGACAGAUAAUCGUGUUCGAACUAUGAAUGAAGUCCUAACAUGCAUAAAAUUAAUUAAAAUGUAUGCAUGGGAGAAGCCUUUUGCAAAAACUGUUAGUGAUGUGAGAAAUGAUGAAAAAAAGAUACUGGAAAAAGCUGGCUACGUGCAGAGUGUUAAUUCUGCGGUUACUCCAAUCGUACCGACAUUAUCUACUGUUGCAACUUUUAUACUCCAUACCUCACUAAGACAAAAUUUGCUUGCAUCAACAGCAUUUACAGUAAUUGCAAUUUUUAAUGCCAUGAAGUUCACUCUUGCAACACUCCCUUUUUCAGUAAAGGCAUUAGCAGAAGCAAAAGUUUCUUUGAGCAGAGUAAAGAAAAUUCUUAGUAUUGAAAAUCCACCAUCAUAUAUAAAAUCACUAAAAGGAUCACCAUAUGCAGUUUUAUUUGAAAAUGCUACACUUUUUUGGGAAACUCCCACUGAUAAAGAACCACUGCAUGCUGAUGGGAAUAAUUUUGCUGGUGAAACUGUCAUGAACGGAGGUGAAGGAACAGAAGUCAGCUUUUCGAACAUCCCUAAGGAGCAAUCACAUACUUCAUCAAAUUCUGCAGUUCAGAAUAAAAAUCUCAGCAUCAUGACACUGCGUGAUAUAAACAUCACUGUUAAAAAGGGAAAACUGCUAGGUGUCUGUGGCAAUGUUGGAAGUGGAAAGAGCUCUUUUAUUUCAGCCAUAUUAGGACAGAUGCGUCUACAUCAUGGAACUGUAGCUACAGAAGGAACAAUUGCCUACGUCUCUCAGCAAGCCUGGAUUUUUCAUGGAGAUGUUAGAGAAAAUAUACUCUUUGGGAAGGACUACAAUGAAAGAAGAUACAACCAGAUCAUUAAAGUCUGUAGUCUUAAACCAGAUUUUGAAAUCCUUACUUACGGUGACAAGACAGAAAUCGGUGAAAGGGGUAUCAACCUCUCUGGGGGACAGAAACAAAGGAUUAGCCUUGCUCGUGCUGUGUAUGCCGAUCGAGAUAUCUACCUGCUGGAUGACCCCCUGUCGGCUGUUGAUGCCCAUGUUGGCAAACACAUCUUUGAAGAAUGCAUUAAAAAAGCACUGAAAGGCAAAACAAUCAUUCUGGUCACUCACCAGCUCCAGUAUCUGGAAUUCUGUGAUGAAGUUGUUUUACUGGAAGAAGGUGAAGUACUGGAGCAAGGUGACCACAAAUUCCUGAUGAAAAUGAAAGGCCGAUAUGCACAUCUUAUUGAAAACUACCAAAUGGAAGAACCCAAGGAGUCUAAUGAUGGAACAACUCAGCCUCUGGAUUAUGCUGAAAUAGAUACCAAAAAGUACACUGACAAACCUGAAAGUCCUCUGAGAGGAAUUGAAAAUCCCGUCUUUAACAUGAAUGAUGAGAGCAAUUAUGAGGAAGUCCAUGAAGGUGAGACAAUCAAAGAAGGAGUCAUGAAUGGUCCAGCACCUGCAAAUCAACUAGUGCAAAAGGAGGACAGCCAAGAGGGUUCGGUAUCUUUGAAAACCUACCAUUACUACAUGAAAGCUGCUGGAGGUUAUUUCCUGUCUUGCACCGUGCUAUUUCUUUUCAUACUAAUGAUUUUCAGCAUGAAUUUCAGCAAUUGGUGGCUAAGUUAUUGGAUAGACCAAGGCUCAGGGGAAUCAAAUGUUAAUGAGACGGAAGCCAAUGUAACACAAAAUAUUAAAAAUGGUAAUAUUUCUGAAAACCCCAGACUGGAAUUUUACCAGUUAGUGUACGGAAUGAUUACUGUUGCAUUGACAUUAUUUGGAAUCCUUAAAGGAUUUGCAUUUACGAAGACAACACUGAAGGCUUCAUCCUCACUACAUGACAGAAUGUUUUACAAGAUCUUACGUCGACCUAUGAGUUUCUUUGACAUAACUCCAUCUGGAAGACUGAUAAAUCGAUUUUCAAAGGAUAUGGAUGAAAUAGAUUCCAGGCUGCCAUUUCAACUGGAAAACUUUCUGCAACAAUUAUUAACAGUUCUGUUCACCAUAGCAACCCUAGGAGCUGUGUUUCCCUACAUCCUCAUUGCAGUAGCCGUUCUAGGUGUUAUCUUUUAUGUCAUUCUAAAAGUUUUCCAGAAGUCUGUCCGAGAGAUGAAGAGAAUGGAAAACAUCAGCCGCUCUCCCUGGUUUUCACACAUUACGUCUACCGUACUUGGGCUCGGCACAAUUCAUGCCUAUAAUAAGAAAGAAGAGUACAUUGAACGAUUUAAACUGCUGAAUGAUGAAAACUCCUGCCAUUUUCUUUUGUUUAACUGUGGUAUGCGAUGGCUUUCCAUAAGAAUCGAUUUCCUUAUGACAGUUUUAACUCUGGCUGUAUCGCUGUUUGUGGUGCUGAGUCCUGAUGGCAUUGAUGCAUCGUACAGAGGACUGGCACUUUCCUAUGUCAUACAGUUAACGGGACUGCUUCAGAUAUGUGUACGAAUGGGAGCAGAAACAGAAGCAAGGUUUACUUCAGUUGAACGAAUUAAUGAGUAUGUACUGGACCCUCUUUCUGAAGCACCAUUGCAUGUUGAUGGUGUAGUGAUUCCCAAGGGAUGGCCGAGCCGUGGCGCAAUUACAUUUAAACAUUUUCACAUGAGGUACAGAGAGAACACACCAAUAGUACUUCAAGACUUGGACAUCAGUAUAUAUCCACAAGAAAAGAUAGGAAUUGUGGGAAGAACAGGUUCUGGGAAAUCCUCACUGGGUGUAGCACUGUUCCGACUAGUAGAACCAGCCGCUGGGACGAUCUUAAUCGAUAAUGUGGAUGUUUGCAGCAUUGGCUUGGAAGACCUACGCAGCAAGUUGUCUAUUAUCCCACAAGAUCCAGUAUUAUUUGUAGGAACUGUAAGGUACAAUUUGGAUCCCUUUAAUAACUACAAUGAUGAGCAAAUCUGGAAAGCAUUAGAAAGGACAUAUAUGAAAGAUGCGAUAUCAAAGUUACCAAGGAAACUAGAUUCUGAAGUGAUUGAAAAUGGAGAAAACUUUUCAGUAGGCGAACGCCAGCUACUCUGUAUGGCAAGAGCGCUCCUGAGAAAUUCAAAGAUUAUACUAUUAGAUGAAGCCACAGCCUCUAUUGAUUCUGAAACAGAUGCAUUGAUUCAGCGCACGAUUAAAGAUACAUUUCAAGACUGCACAGUUUUAACGAUUGCUCACCGAAUCAAUACAGUUUUAGAGUCUGACAGAAUCCUAGUCAUGGAAAGUGGAAAGGUAGCCGAGUUUGACAAACCAGAGACUCUUGUACAAAGACCUGACUCUUUGUUUGCAUCGUUGUUAGCAGCUGCUGGUAAAGUUGACUCAUAGAAGACAAUCAAAAACAUUAACUGAAAGAAGUACAUCUGCUGCACCUUUGUUCUUAACAAAUUAAUCAUGGACAAAACCUAGGCUAAUGUACAAGGCCUCAUGAACACAUCUGCUCUGAAAUUACUUUGUCCAGUUGCUUGUGAUGAGUUUAGGCAACAAACAUGAUGUAUGACACAACACUUGAAUAAUACCUAUUAUAUUAAGUAGUUAUUCAUGGCUCUUUAAAUGACUUGGCAUGCAAUGUAUGCAUAAUGAACACAACAGAUAAUGUACUCGAAUGUUAAUAAUAAGCCACGUCCUUAUACGAGCACAAUGCUCCUGCUUCCCAAAGGCGACAUCACCUAACCUGGUACCUGACUGCUACCUCUUCAUUGCCUCCUGCACAGAUACUUCAGUACCAGCUUAAGUACUUGUCAAUUAUAGUGUACAUGAUGUAAAUACAAUUCUUGUAAAAUGUUUGUUUUUCUCCAUGACUAUCUGCUUAACUACUGUGAUUAUAGCUUCUACCUUUGAUGUUAUUAACUUAAUCUCUGUACAUGCUACAACUGUGUUGCUUUUAUUUUUGUCAAACUUUGAAUGUAUUUUCACCCAGACUGUGCCUGCAGUUGGCCAGGUCUGAUCUGUGCAAUAUCUGCAUAAACAAAUACAAGUAAAAUAAAAUAAAAUAAAAUAAA